CGUUUCUUGCAUUCGCCCGUAUUCAAGAAAGUACUUGAAUCUCCUCACUCAGUCACAUUUUGCACUGUGCAGGCGUGAGCACUUGUAUAUAUGGAUACAAUCCGGUCUUAUUCGUUCCGAUGAUUUCCCCAGCAGCAGAGUAGCUAUGGAGACGCUGCUUCUGGGUUCGCGUAUCAUACUUCGUCAGUGCCUUCGCACCCCGGGCCUCAGUAUGCUGUCCUAGUAUGUACUGCACCAGGUUAUCCACUAUCGCGCAGAUAGUACCGGUAGAAUCAAUCAUUUUCAAAGGAGCAAUACAGAUCGAAAUUGGUAGCGAUUUACCCGUGAUUCGUCGGUAUUCAUCUUCGUUGCAGAAGAUGGUCUUCAUCGGAGACGACAAACAGCUGCUGCCCUAUGGUCACAGUGACAUCUCAGAGUUGGAAAGUGUCUUUGAAAAGCAGCACCUUUGGCGGAAAAUACACUUUCUUGACACCAGUAUCGCAUGCCUAUGCCAAUCGGGGAUUUUAUAUCCGAACAUGUCUACAAUAAAAAACACAAGACUAUCCGUAACAUAUCGUCGAAGACCUGUUGCCGUUUUGUCAACAUACCGAAAGGACGGGAACAUCAAAGCAGGAUUAACUUCCUCCUCUAAGUCACACAGCACACAGGAGGGGCAACUGUAUAACACGGCAGAUGCUGAGAUUGACUCCCAGAGUACAAAGCGCUCGAUGAGCGCAGCGAUCCCUCACUGUCUCCUCCGAGUCAAGUUGGCGCUGGCUCUGCCAUUCCAGCCGUUUGAAGUAUGGGCGGAGAUGAUGCGACUGGAACGAUACUGGGUGGAGGGUGAAGAUAUCACGUAUGAGACAAGCGACAGAUGA